UAGCCAAUCAAAAUCAGGUAUUCAAAUCGCUGCUCGUGUGUCACUGACCUAUAUCCCAUGCGUGGACGUCAAAACCCCACGGGAACCUCUCCUCCACACCAGUCAGCAUGGGGACCAACGGGUUAGACAGUCCAACGCAGCCGUCCAGCGAGGCGUCCCGCACGGAGCAGCAGCCGGCUGCAGAGCCCCGCAUGGAGCCGAGAUGUGCUCCACUUCACGCAGACGGCGGUAAGGAUGGGCAGCCGGUGCAGCCGACAGAGGACGGGUCCAAGCCCCCCCUCUCUCCUGGUGCAGAAGAAGAAGCUGGGGUCCAGGUGAAGAUGCACGACCACGGAGCCGGAUUCGUGCCCCCCGAGGGAGGUUGGGGCUGGCUUGUGGUUUUUGCGGCCACCUGGUGCAAUGGAUCCAUCUUCGGGAUUCAGAACUCUUUUGGCAUUUUGCAUUUGAUGCUGAUGAAGGAGCACUCUGACCCAGAGGACCACUCCCAGUUUAAAGUGGCCUGGGUGGGGGCCCUGGCCAUGGGCAUGAUCUUCCUCUGCUCCCCUGUGGUCAGCAUGUUCACUGACCACUUCGGCUGUAGGAAGACGGCCGUCAGCGGGGCGGCGCUGGCUUUUAUAGGACUGCUCAGUACAUCAUUUGCAAAGUCUUUGGUCCUUCGCUACUUCACAUAUGGGAUAGUGUUUGGUUGCGGCUCCUCGUUUGCCUUCCAGCCCUCGUUGGUAAUCCUCGGGCACUACUUCCGGCAGCGCCUGGGCCUGGCCAAUGGCGUGGUGACGGCCGGGGCCAGCCUCUUCACCAUAGGCCUGCCGGUCUUUCUGGACAAAGUCCGCGAGCCUCUGGGUCUCAGCGGAACCUUCCAGAUUCUCAGCCUCUUUAUGCUGGUCCAGGCCCUGCUUGCCUUGACAUUCAAACCUUUGCUUCCCGCUGGUGGAGGCAUGGGCCCACCAGGCAUGGGGCCUGGUCCUGCUGAAUCCCGAACCCAGGCUACAGGGAGCACGAGUAAAUGGAGCAAGGCCAUGACCAGGGUUAGGAAGUACUUCAACCUGCGUGUGUUUCACAUUGUGACGUACCGGGUGUGGGCGUUCGGAGUAGCAACAGCCAUGUUGGGAUACUUUGUUCCCUAUAUCCACCUGAUGAACUUUGUGAAGGAGACGUUCGGAGAACUUCAAAAGGAGUGGGUGCUGCUGGUUUGCAUUGGAGCUUCGUCUGGCGUUGGACGCCUUGCUUUUGGGAAAAUUGGUGACCUCAUUCCUGGUUUGCAGAAGAUCUACAUGCAGGUGGUGUCCUUCAUAGCUCUGGGUCUGAUGUCCAUAUUGAUUCCUCAGUGCUCGGCGUUUGAAGGUCUUGUGGCUGUGUGUGUGUUCUUGGGGCUUUGUGACGGAUGCUUCCUCACCAUGAUGGCUCCCAUCGCUUUUGAGCUGGUCGGGCCCAUGCAGGCGUCGCAGGCUAUAGGUUACCUUCUAGGCCUCAUGGCUGUCCCUAUGACUGCAGGUCCACCCAUCGCCGGUAUUCUUCGUGAUUUCUUUGGCAACUACACAGUUGCGUUCUCCCUGGCGGGGGUCCCUCCUAUGAUUGGGGGCGUGGUGCUGUUCUUUGUGCCCCUGAUACACUGCCGGCUCCAGCGAGGCCAGGCGCCGCCUGAAGAGACGUCCACGACCUCCCACAUGUUGCCCAGUGCCCCACCAGCAGGGGAACCCAAGAGCUGCUUCAACGGAGACCUCCUGCCCGGCUACACGGACGUAGAGACCCACAUCUGAGUCACAUCUUCAAGGGAUUCAACCCACCAGCACUUUUCUCAUCCUUUGAUUGCCUGUUUCUCUAACUGAAGCCUCAGCUGGAGGCUUCCUGUUGGCUUACUUUAAAAUCUCUCAUCCUUCCAAAUCCCUGCCGGCUGUUUUGCUUUUUUUCACGCAAGGAGAAGACGAGAAGCGGGCUCUGACUAAAAGCUUCAGGUGCAUCAGCGUUGGAUGAUGAGGAGGAUAAGCACAUGUUCUCAACUCGAAGCAUUUUAUGAUGACACAAAGGAAAAAAAACUGAAUGGCCAUCUAUAUUUGCAUCAUUUAUCUUUCUAUCAGCUCUGAAGCUGUAAAAAAAAGGACUUUUUAUUUUAUUCUGUACACGAACACAUUAAGAU